AGCCAGUCCAUCAAGCCUGAAGCAUCUGGCUUGAAGCUGUUGAAAAGGGCAGGAUGUGGGUCUUGGCCGCCCUCGGAGGCUGGUCUUGUGUGGCCCUCUGCCUGGCUUCCUGCUCAGCUGCCUUUUCCCAUGGUGCUGGCUCAGGGGCCUGUGAGGAUAUGCAGCCCAAGCACAUUCAAGCCCAGCCUCAGGACCCACAGACCCACCACAUCACCAUUCACACCGGCAGGUCUUCCUACUCACCGGGUGACACAGUUCCAGUGACCAUGAGGAGCAUUCGAGAUUUCAUGGGAUUUCUACUUCAGGCUCGAAGAGUAUCUGAUCAUCAAAUAGCUGGCACUUUUGUUUUCAUUCCUCCUCAUUCCAAAGCAAUGGCUUGUUUUCAAGAGGCUGACACAGUCACGCACUCUGACAAGUCCCGGAAGAGAAACCUGUCCUUUGAGUGGAAGGCCCCUGCUCAACCUGUGGGGAACAUCACAUUCCUUUUGUCAGUUGUCCAGUCAUAGUUCAUUUACUGGGAGAGGAUCGAAUCAUCUGUUGUGUCUCAACAGACACACCGCGGAGCCCACGUUGAUGGCGGCGAGCAGCCCGGCUCACCGAUGCCAACCUCUGGCUGGAGGCGGGAGGGAACCACCCCAGCUCCCAGUCCCCCCAGCGCUCUUCCCCAGCAGCGUGCGAACAUCUUUGCUGUUGCCCCAACUGGAGCUGCAGAGGAGAACAGCUUAGAUCCUUUUCCUGUAAGUUUUUGGGUGACAGAGUUUUCUGGGGAUGCAGAGACUCUGUUCCAAUCAUCUUCACACAUGGCUACUGCAGUCAGCAAUGGCCAGCAACUCAGAGGGGACAGCAACCCAAUCCUAGAACCAUCCCUGGAUAUCCGUGGGCUGGAGAGAUUCAUGGCUCUCAGGAGAUUCUUCCCAGAGGGCAUUGCUUCCAGCCCUAGAACCCACCUCAG